GACCACCUGUGGCGCCGUCCGUCGUUGUCGUUGCCGUCGACACUUCAUCGCUGGAGGUGAGGCCCCCCCGCCGCCACCAUCCUCCACCUCACCCUCCCCUCCCGGCACCCUCCACCCUCCUCCUCGAAGGCUCCCCUGCUGCUCCAGCUCCCCCAUCGUGGUCCUUAGCCUUUGCCUGUCCGGCACACCCGUGGACGAGUCGCCAGCCACACCCCCAUCCCCAUCCAGUCCAUACCUUUUCUUAUGGCUGGCCUCACCCAUUCAAGUAGGUGUCGACAUCCCAUCGUUGUUGCCCCUGCCGGCGCUCAAACUACUCGUUCUUCGCUCCGUCCGCCCGCCACCCACUUCGACCUUCUUCCCUCCUACCUCGUUCGUCACCUGGUUCCUCGACGACAGCUUCUCGUGCUCGUUUCUCCUUCCGGCCUGCUUUCGGAUAACGUCUUUCGUUAAAAGCGUUGGGCUCUUCGCCUGCCUGUCGUUGCCUCCGUUGGUUCUUCUGCAACAGCCCGCUGUCUCCGCCCGCCGCCAUCCCAAGCGCAACGACGCCGGUCGGACCAGACCUCCAUCCCACUGUGCACCAGAACAAGCCGGCUCGCCUCGCAAAUUCGUCAAAUUUUGUCUCUCAGAUCGGCUAAUUCCUCGGCUUGUCUGUUCGCGGGAGCCAACCGGCCUCUCUGUUUGUUGCGCCGUUGCACAGUAGAAUAUGCCAUUUGUACCAAAGACGACAUAGCAGCCCGGACCCGUCCCGCACCCCACCGUCACGGCAGCACCGGUAACACUCAACUUCGACUCCUGACGCGGCCACGCCUCACCAAAUUACCAUGGCUCGUCGCAACAGUGAUGAGCCCGUGGCCUUGCUGACGCCGGAGGAGCAAGAUCGUGAGUCCAAGGUCGAGGGCCACGAUGUCGAAGGCGCCGCGGGUCAGGAAGAACCCCCACAGGACCAAAACCUCGACCACGAAUACUCCAUCGCCAGCACAGUGAAAUUCACAUGGCUGGGCACCUAUUUCUUUUUCUCCCUACUCCUAACACUCUAUAACAAGCUUGUCCUGGGAAUGUUCGCUUUCCCAUGGCUCCUAACGUGCCUACACGCCUCUUUUGCUAGCAUGGGCACGUAUUCCAUGUUACAGAUGGGCCACUUCAAGUUGACGCGCCUUGGCCGUCGCGAGAACCUCGCCCUCGUCGCCUUCAGCGCCCUUUUUACGGCCAACAUCGCCCUCUCCAACCUCUCCCUGGCCAUGGUGUCGGUCCCGUUUUAUCAAACAAUGCGCAUGUUGUGUCCCAUCUUCACCAUUCUCAUCUACCGGGUGUGGUACGGACGCACGUACAGCACGCUCACAUACCUCUCUCUCAUCCCUCUUAUCAUCGGCGCUGCCAUGACGACGGCUGGUGAAAUGACUUUUACUGAUGCUGGCUUUCUGCUUACCAUUUUUGGCGUUGUUCUGGCCGCAAUCAAGACCGUCGUCACGAACCGAUUUAUGACGGGAUCGCUCGCGCUGCCACCUCUCGAAUUCGUAAUGCGCAUGUCCCCGCUGGCUGCUCUGCAAGCCUUCGCUUGCGCCGCCGCCACGGGCGAGAUUGGCGGCUUCCGCGACCUCAUCGCGUCAGGCGACAUUUCGCUGCCCCCGGCCAUUGCAUCGCUUACGGGCAACGGCUUCCUGGCGUUCCUCCUCAACGUCUCGUCGUUUCAGACGAACAAGCUGGCUGGCGCUUUGACGAUGACAGUUUGUGGCAACUUGAAACAGUGCCUGACAGUCUUGAUCGGCAUCUUCUUGUUCAACAUCACGGUCGAUGUUCUGAACGGUGCGGGCAUGGCCGUGACCAUGGUCGGUGCUGCCAUAUACAGCAAGGCGGAGCUGGACAACAAGAGGAAGAAGCAGCAGCCGGCAUACAAGCCGGUGAAUCAAGAAACCAGAUAGGAGCAGUGCGUCGAUAUUGAUACCCAGCUAUUUCCUAUGUUGAAACGACGAAAGGCAUAGAUGCAACCGGGGGGCUGUAAAUGGACAUUGGGACGGCGUUGGGCUUCGAAAGUUGCGGCUUCAGUCCUGAUUCGAGGUCACGAGCGACUCCAGGAUAAUGGAAGCAGUAUGUCUGUGGGCGCAGUACAGAGCUGCGCACCCCGUGGAAGCGCGCAUUACCAGCGACAAGGCGAGAAGGGGAUGGCCUGGUGGAGCAUACGAGCAGAGCAUGUGCAUUCGGCGUUGGGGCACGGCGACCGGCAGCAAACACAGCGACUUGUGUGCCGGCAGUUUAUUUGGUACUUUUAGGAUAAGGCAACGGGCUUUGAUUCUUGAUCUUGUUGGACCACCGGAGUCACGCCUCGCUGUUCGUCGACAACUGUUCGAUACGCGUCUGGAUGGAAGGGCUUGCACGCGUCUGUUUGUACAUAUUGGAAGUUAAGGACGGCAAGUGUACGGCCGAGGCCUGGUCAGCAAAUGUUUUCCACCCCCGUGACGCAGUUGCUAUAUUUGAAUUUUGGCACCUUCCCGGUGCCACGAUCAAGGCAAGACAUUGUUUGACAUGAGCACGACAGACCGAGGUCCCUAGAUUCGUCAUCGCCGAAUACGCAUUACGCUUAAAGCGAAUCUGGCAUUCCAGUCGAUUUCGUUUAUGCGUCAACGGUCCCAUGCCACGUUGCUGCCAGCCACGAUGACGGACAGAGAUAAUGAG